UAUAUUUCGUCUAGCGCUUUUCUCCAACUUGAUGAUUGUGAUUUACAAGAUUGGAUUAUAAUAACAGUAAAAUAUCUUCUCACAUAUUAAUAAUUAUUAUUACUGAAUUAAAUGGACAGUGAGUGGACACUGACGUAAAUGAGUGCAACACUAGGUUAAAAUAGUGAAUCUGAUUACUUUAUCGGUACAGCUGAUCUCAGGAGGAAGUAAUUACAUGAAUUAUGUGUGUACUAAAAAAGGUACAUACUUUAGCCUGCAAUAAACUGAGUUAUGGACAUUAAUAUCAUCAUGUGCGUUGUAAUAUAAGAUGUUUUUCAGGAAGAUAGAAUGAUUCAUUGAAUGAAUGGAGAAUGGGUUGUUCUCCUUCUCGUACAUCAGAAUCAGACGGAAGAAAAAUUCACAUUAAUGGAUAUGCAUGAUUACAGUGGAUUGUAUCCCUUGGAUUGAUGUUUUAUAGAACCAACAAGUAUCACCUAUAUUAAUGACAAUGAUGAACACAGAAAGACAGGAAGUAUAAAGUCCCUCAGUCUUAAACCAGAGUCACGUAAAAAUGGCGUCCAAUCUACCGUCAAAGAUUCAGUGUGAUGUUAUGAUCAGUUUUAAUUCAAAAGAUUUGAAAUUCACACAGAAAAUUGCAGAAAAGAUAGAAGAGCAGGGUUGGACAGUAUGGUACACCAGACCAGAGAUGGAUCCUGUAGAAGCUCUGAGUAAGAAAGGGGAGGCAAUCCUUAGUUGUAAGAUGUUUGUUAUGAUUAUAAGCAAAGAUUCUUGCAAAGACUCACAGUUUGCCGAUGAGCUUGCUUUGGCCUACAUCUCUAAUUCUACGAUAUAUCCUGUGAGUCUAGAGAAGUUCAGAGAUAUCAGCCCUUUACUAGAAGGAGGAAUGAAGCUUAUGCUUGCCAGGAUAAAUUGGACAUUUUUCUUCAAGCCUGAAAUAUAUGAAAGCAGCUUACAGAGUUUGCUGGCAUCAAUGACAGUAAAUAUGUCAAAUCUGCAGCCUCAGCUCGACCCAACUCAAGUUUCUGAAUCGGGCGAUAUUAAUUUUCACGGAAUGAACGUCAGUAUAAAUUUCGAUACAAAUGACGAGAAUAAUUACCAUGAGGAUGAUAUUGGCGGAGAAGAUGAUGAGGGCAUGACAGAACAUCGUAGACCAAUCAGACCUCUCCAAACCAGACAGACGGGUCUAAAAUAUGAUUUUUGGGACAGGAAUUUCGACAAUAAAAGUGAAGUCCCAUGGGUGGAAUUCAAAAAGAAAUUUGAAAUGGACUACCAUGACAAAAUUGUCAAACAAUACUCAGAAGAUAGAUUUAAGUUUUUCGUUAAUUUGAUUUACAAAGAUAUCUUUGAUUUGCAAAAAACUGUGAAAAAGAGUCAAUUUGAAGCUUUCUGUGAAGGAAAUCCAGAUGCCGAUAUGCAUAGAUUUUACAAUCGUCUCCAGGCCUACGCUACAGGAUAUCAUGCCAUGGUGGAGGUGUUUAAUAUGUCAAGUUCUCUACGACUCACAACUAUACAAAAUCUAGGAAAUUUCUCCUUUCCUGCUGUUGUCCAAGGUUUAUCUAAGAUGUUAAAAGAUGCUGAUCCAAACAUCAGGGCUGUGGCAACCAUUGCUUUGGCUAAAUCAGCAAAGAACAAAAAAGCUACAGUUGACCGUAUAAUGGGUAUGUUAGACGAUGAGGACAGAUUGGUGCGGGAGAGCGCCUGCCUUGCUUUGGGAUUCCUCAAACCUGGCACUAAAGCAGAGGAAGUAGUGGCUGAAAAAUGGAGGAAUGACCCUAUAAAGCAUGUGAGAGAAGCAGCAGAAGUUGCUUUGAAGAGAAUGGGCGGAGACCAUGCUGCCAAAUGUAUGCAGGUUACAAAGGUGUUGGCAUCAGAAAUGGAGUUCCUGAAACAUCCAGAAUCAUAGCAACAAGGUCACCAUGGUGAUGAAACAUAGCAAACAAUUUAUAUUUGUUGAAUUUUUUAAAGCAGAUUUAUUAGGACAUAAUAUUAUAUGUGUACAUAAUAAGAGUAAAUUGAUUUGGUUGGUGAUUCGCCAGGUAUCAGCUUUUUUUGUGCUGAAGUGGUGUAAAGCAAUCAUCAAUCAAUCAAUUGGUGGUUUCAGAAUCUAAUGCAUCCUGGGUAAUAUUUUUUAAAAACGUACACCAAAGCGUUUUGAUUUGUUCAAAACGUUGUAAACAAUGGAAAUUCAACCAAUGACGUAACGUUAUUUUCACUUUUGGGUACGAACAAUGAAAUAACCCAUGAUGCUUUAGAUACUGAAACGGCCAAUUUGGUCAUGUUGGUUGAAAAUAUAUUGAGAUUAAGAAUUAUUAUCUUUUUUAUUGUAAGUAUUUGUCAAAUUUGCUGCAAUGUGAAAUCUAUUUUCCUAGUGCAGUAAAUAUUAUAAAAUUGGUAUAAAAAAAUGUAGAACUCUUAUUUCCCUUGUAAGUGAAAUGAUUUAAUAAUGACCUAUCUUUCUUUAAUUUUCUUUGGUAUAAGCCUAAAACACUUUCUACUCUUGUAUUUUAAGAAAAUCUUUGGAAGUGUCACAAAAAGUAAAAAUUGCUUUUACUUGACUGGAAAAUGGAGGUAUAAAAAGGGGAUUCCAAACAACAUCAUGCAAAACAAAACAAAAAGACAUCUACAGAAUCUUAAUCUUUAAUAUAAUUUAAUAUACUCUGAUAGAACUUUUUUUAACAGUUUAGUAAGAAUAAAAAUUCAUUAAAUAACUUAUCUUACAUUUUUUGUUCAUUUUUAUGCUCCAUUCAUGGGCACUAUAAGUCUUUCAGUCUGUGCAUCUGUUAGUUUGUCUAUUUGUCUGUCUGUCGUGCUUCAGGUUAAUGUUUUGGGUCAAGGUAGUAUUUGAUGAAGCUGAAGUCCAAUCAACUUGAAACUUUGUACACAUGUUCCCUAUGAUACGGUUUUCUAAUUUCAAUGCCAAAUUAUACUUUUUAUUCCAAUUUCUGGUCCUCUGAACAUAGAAAAUCAUUGUGCAUGUGAGGCAUCAGUGCACUGUCUAUGAACACAUUCUUUUUUAUAUCUUUUAAAUUUGUAUCCUUGUUAUUGUAUUUUUUUGUAGUCAAACCAUUUAUCAGGUUAUAAUACAUUUCUGUCCUAAAUAUUACUCUUUGAGAAGUUGUAUGUUUCAACUUUUGCUUUUUUUUUAUAUAAAUAUUAAAGACAAAAUGUAUUGUAGGAGCAAAAAAAGAACCAAAUAUUUUUCAAACUUUGAUCUCCUCUUAAAUGAACAUGUCAGUCAUAGUUUAUAAAGUUCCUAAAUUCAUAUUUUAAGUAAUUUUUUUUUGUUUUUGUGAAAACAGUUUUUGACAUUUUAUUUUGAUAAUAUUAUACCUUAAUUUUAAGUUUGCUUUCCGGAUGUCAUCUGAACCUGAAAAUAAUCUAUCCUUGUUUGUUGGAAAAAAAG